UCCUAUAUAUGUUGAGGUUGGAAUCCAAAUUUAGCAGAAGUUUAUUGAAACUAUCUCAUUUACAUCAUGCUUCAUAUAUAGGAGUGAGUACCCUCCAUAGUGUGCAGAGACGCAUGCAAGCUAGUAGCGACUUUGUGGAGCUUUAGUUGGUUGUUGUUGUUACUGGAAGGGUUCCAUCCUCUGCAGAUAGCAGAAUGGACUGCGACAAGUCCAAGAAACGUAGAGAUCAGCAGCGCAAGAGCUGCAGGGCCAAGGUCCUGGUCAUAUUCCUUGUCGUUGUGACGGCCACCGCCUCCGCCUUCCUCUUCUCCGGCGGCAGCUCCGCCAACGUCCGCGUCUGGAAAUCUGGCGUGCUGUCGAUCCGAGACCGCAACAUCAUGCAGUACGCGCUCUCGGCGAGCCACGACGAGCUCGUGCAGCUGCAGGACCGCCUCGCCAAGGCCAACUCCCUCGUGGAGACACUCCUGGGCAAACAGGCCGAUGCCAGUGAAGUGGCCACCGGCGCCGAGGAAGAGCAGAAGCUAUUGGCGACCGACGAGCUCUGGCGACGGAGGCUGACCGGCGAGGUCAAGCUAGCCGUCGGGCCCCACAAGCUUCCAUUGGGCUUCACGCAUAACCUGGGAUCCGACGAGCUGUUCCCCACGCUGGGGCAAGCAUGCCAUCGUUUCCCGGAAGAGCUCGAGAAGUACAUGAACUACGAGCCCGGUGGCGAGUGUCCGUCUGACGAGUCGUUCGGGCAGCGGCUCAUGCUCAAGGGCUGCGAGCCGCUGCCACGGCGGCGGUGCCGGCCGCGCUCCCCAAAGGGCUACGUCGACCCGACGCCGCUGCCGGCGAGCCUGUGGGCGCUCCCGCCGGACACCAGCAUCGUGUGGGACGCGUACACGUGCAAGAACUACUCCUGCCUGGAGAACCGCGGCAAGAUAAGCGGGCACUACGACUGCAAGGACUGCUUCGACCUGCGCGCCGGCGGCAGGGAGAAAGUCCGGUGGCUGAGCGACGACGGCGCCCUCGCGUACUCCAUCGACGCCGUGCUGGCCACGAGGCCUACCGGCACGGUGCGCAUCGGGCUCGACAUCGGCGGCGGGUCCGGCACCUUCGCCGCGCGGAUGCGGGAGCGCGGGGUGACCAUCGUGACCACGUCCAUGAACUUCGACGCCCCCUUCAACAACUUCAUCGCGUCCAGGGGCCUCCUGUCCAUGCACCUCAGCGUCGCGCACCGGCUGCCCUUCUUCGACGGCACCCUCGACGUCGUGCACUCGAUGCACGUGCUCAGCAACUGGAUCCCCGACGCGAUGCUCGAGUUCACGCUGUUCGACAUCCACAGGGUGCUGAGGCCGGGAGGAUUGUUCUGGCUCGACCACUUCUUCUGCCUCGGCACGCAGAUGAACACGACGUACGCGCCCAUGUUCGAUCGGGUCGGUUUCAACAAGGUGCGGUGGAACGCCGGGCGGAAGAUGGAUCGGGGGAUCGAGAUGGACGAGUGGUACCUUUCAGCACUGCUUGAAAAGCCCAAGACCUAGUUCACCGUUUGCUACAAAAUGUGUUUUUUUUUCAAAGAGAGAUACUAUACAACGUGCUUUUUUCACAGUAAAAAAUGAAUAAAUUACUUGCGGGUAUUCUACUUCGGCAAUUUUGCAAUGAUGUAGUGUACUCAUUCCACAAUUCUAAGCAAUGUAUUCAACCCAUGAAUUAGUGUCAAGAGUACUCAUUAACAAGCUCAAAA